AUGACAGAGACGGAGGAGGAGGCGGCGCCUAUCACGCCGAUGACAGGCUUGGGCGGGAUGACCACCAAGCCAAGGACCACCAAGCCAAGGACCACCAAGCCAAGGACCACCAAGCCAAGGACCACCAAGCCUAGGACCACCAAGCCAAGGACCACCAAGCCAAGGACCACCAAGCCUAGGACCACCAAGCCAAGGACCACCAAGCCAAGGACCACCAAGCCUAGGACCACCAAGCCAAGGACCACCAAGCCAAGGACCACCAAGCCAAGGACCACCAAGCCAAGGACCACCAAGCCAAGGACCACCAAGCCAAGGACCACCAAGCCUAGGACCACCAAGCCAAGGACCACCAAGCCAAGGACCACCAAGCCUAGGACCACCAAGCCAAGGACCACCAAGCCAAGGACCACCAAGCCAAGGACCACCAAGCCAAGGACCACCAAGCCAAGGACCACCAAGCCUAGGACCACCAAGCCAAGGACCACCAAGCCAAGGACCACCAAGCCAAGGACCACCAAGCCAAGGACCACCAAGCCAAGGACCACCAAGCCAAGGACCACCAAGCCAAGGACCACCAAGCCAAGGACCACCAAGCCAAGGACCACCAAGCCUAGGACCACCAAGCCAAGGACCACCAAGCCAAGGACCACCAAGCCAAGGACCACCAAGCCAAGGACCACCAAGCCAAGGACCACCAAGCCAAGGUCCACCAAGCCAAGGACCACCAAGCCAAGGACCACCAAGCCAAGGACCACCAAGCCAAGGUCCACCAAGCCAAGGACCACCAAGCCUAGGACCACCAAGCCAAGGACCACCAAGCCAAGGACCACCAAGCCAAGGACCACCAAGCCAAGGACCACCAAGCCAACGCCCACCAAGCCAACGACCACCAAGCCAAGGACCACCAAGCCAAGGACCACCAAGCCAAGGACCACCAAGCCAAGGACCACCAAGCUAGGGACCACCAAGCUAGGGACCACCAACUCCAGGAGCGGGAAAACCAACGCUGUUGGGAUUCAUUCCCAUCAGGUGAAAGAUAACGAUGAAGGCUGA